ACGAAUUUCCAGUUGUGUGAGUUGUCCAUCGUGCCGGAAUGUAAACAAUCACGGUUUGCCAUAGAAUCACCUGUGUUUAUUUUACUGUGAAAUAUUGUAAAUAACCUAGCCGUAGUGUACUCAAAUUAAUGGCUGCGUUUCAUUUUUGGUGCUCUGUUCUAUUUCAUGUGACAGUUUGGAUUAAUUUUGCCUACAGCGGGAGGGAUUUCUAUGCCAUACUUGAUGUGCCAAGGUCAGCAACCACCAACCAAAUUAAGAAAGCGUAUCGAAAACUGGCUGUGCAGCUUCAUCCAGACAAAAAUAAAGAAGAUCCCACAGCAUCAGAGAAGUUCACAGAUCUAGGAGCUGCUUAUGAAGUGUUGUCUGAUCCUGACAAACGUAAAAAGUACGACCAGUGUGGAGAAGAAUGCGUCAGAAAGGAGGGUAUGAUGGACAACAUGGAUCCAUUCACGAGUAUAUUUGACGAUUUUGGAUUUCAUUUUGGAGGUGGUCCAACUGAGGAACGUGAAACACCCAAAGGAGGCAACGUUGUCAUGGAUUUGUAUGUCACGCUUGAAGAACUCUACAAUGGCAACUUUGUUGAGAUAACAAGAAAUAAACCAGUGAUAAAAGCAGCCAAGGGAACUAGGAAGUGCAACUGCCGACAAGAAAUGAAGGCUAAAAGGCUUGGUCCAACGCGGUUCCAGAUGAUGCAAGAAACUGUUUGUGAUGAAUGUCCGAACAUCAAAUUGGUGAAUGAAGAGCGUGGUUUGGAGGCAGAAAUAGAACCAGGAAUGGUUGAUGGUCAAGAAACUCGCUUCAUUGGGGAAGGAGAGCCACAUAUUGAUGGAGACCCUGGUGAUCUUUUCCUACGAAUCAAAACGCUCCCACACCCUGUUUUUGAACGAAGGGGCGAUGAUCUGUACACCAAUGUAACAAUAUCACUCCAAGAUGCGCUUGUCGGUUUUAAAUUUGAUAUUCAGCAUCUAGAUGGACGGAAGAUAUCAAUCGAAAGAGAAAAGAUCACCUGGCCUGGUGCAAGAAUACGGAAGAAAGGAGAGGGUAUGCCCAACUAUCAUGACAAUAGCCAAAAAGGAACACUCUAUGUAACUCUUGACAUAGCUUUCCCGAAGACAGAGCUUACUGAAGAGCAGAAAGAAGCUGUAAAGCAGUUAUUGAACCAAGAAUCUAAGAUCAACAUUUACAAUGGACUUCGAGGGUACUGACCAUAGGAACCAAGUCAUAUAAGUGCUGUGAUUUUUUAAUUGUACAUAAGUCCCUUGAAUUUAAUUUGAACACAAAUCCACUCGUACAUAGUUUUGUAUUCAAAUACUGAUCUCCAGGGUUUGGGUUCCCAAAAUCCCUUCUCUACUUUAGGGUGCCCCAGGAAAUUCCAUGCUUUCCAUGAAAGCACUUGAAUUUAUAAUUUGUAGCUACCCUAGACACCUGCAUACAACAGUGACUCAAUAAAAAAAUGUUAUUCUCUGGAUUAAGUAUUUCAAGAAAAUAUUAGUCGAGUUAAAUUUUUAGGAAAAAUAAAAAAUCUAAGUUAAAAUACUUAAAUUAAGUAUUGGAAAGUAGGGCGGGUAACCAAUUAUCCAUUUCGUUUCAAAAAUCUUUAUAAAUUUUUGAUCCUGUAAUUUUCAUUGAUUCAAAUUACUACCCAAGCAAAAGUUUCCAAACAAUAUUUAACUCGCCCAUUUUUUGUCCUGAAAUUUUUUCAUCAUAAAAAUUAAUACAAUUUCAAGCAGCAGCAAUUUAAAGUAGCAGUUAUUUUUUUUGUCUUGGAAAAGGUUUUUAUCAGUCUGUCGAUUGGCUUUCUAUGAUGAUCAACUUCCUACGUAUGUACUAGCGUAAGCGAAACUUUCAUUUUAAUACGCACUGUAUCUUUGUCAUCUGAUGAAUGCUUUUCAUUCAGGAUCAAAUGAAUUGAAAUUAAAAAAUUAUUCAAAAUAGAACAAAAAUAAGUUCCUAGCAAUUAUUUAUGCAUGUGAGUUUUUCUUUCUCUCCAGAAACAAAUUAACCGUCUUGUUAAAUUUGAAAGAAUUUGCAGUGUAAGCUCUUUUCUAAGCUUUUAACAGACCUUUUAUUCCUCUUCUUCUUCUUUUCUUUACAUUUCUAAUAAUGUAAGUCAAUCCAAUUUUUUUCAGCUCUUUUAUCAUUCCUCUUCUUCCUAAGUUCUUCAUCUAACUGGUUUCCAACGAAUGAAUUCCAUUUUAUGUACCAGAAAUUCUGCUGUAGCCACUGAAGCUAGUUUAUGCUUCAAAAGCUUGCUUUUAAUUGUUGAAAUGUUUUUCUGUAAUAUUUUGCAAGCUUUUCAAGUUUUCACUUCCAAUCAAUGAUCUUCAAAUGUGACAUGGCACAUAAGCAGGACUCCUCUCCUUCCUUCACCUGUCCAUAAUGUGUAUUAAAGUAAUUAAUGUAACCUUUUGUCUCACCAGUUUUGGAUUCAAGCUUGUUUUUGCUCUCUUAAACUUUAGCUUUAAUAUCAAUUAAAAGCCUGUCUUAUUUUUGCCAUGUCACCAAAAUGAUUUUAAUCUGCCAUUAAGUACCUUAUGAUUUCCGAUCAUAGUAGACUAUAACUAGUGAGAUGAGAAGCUGUUGAAAUAUUGGUGUGAGUCGUCUGAGUGGACAGCGUGUAAUGUCAAACAUCAGAUAAAUCAACUGAAUGUUAGACCUAAUGGUACAUUGAUUUUACUGAUUGAAUUAAUGGAUCCAUCCUCUAAAUGUAUACCAUACCCCUCUAAAUUUCUUCAAGCACUGUAAAGGCGGGCAAUCAAACCUGUUUAAUUUGUUGAAAUUUUCAAAAAAGCAAACAUUUGUAAAGUAAUUUAUCACUAAAAUGCCUGCAAAUACCAUGCAGUCUGCUCCUAAAAAAUAAUUGCGUAUUAUAUGAUUAUUAAAUUUUGUAUGUUUUGUCUCCAAUUUUGCAGCUGCAUAGUUAGCAAAGCGUUGCUCUGACAGCGUGUGUGUGUACUUCAAUUUAAAUAUCAGCUUUGAAAAGCAUGGAGAUUAAUACUCUAAAAGAUUGAUUACAGCAUAUAUUGGUAUACGGUGUGAGGAUUCAUGAUAAAAUUAGUCACGUCUUUUUUCUGUGUUGCAUAGCUGUGUGCCUCUUGUAAUUAUAUUUUUCAUUCAUUAUUUCUAACACCAUGUUGGUGAAAAAUGUGGAAGGUAAUCAGGAGCAUUGUUAAUGAAAAAUUUACGGCUGCUCAUCUCAUGAGAAAUUUUUACAUGUGAACUGAAAUUAUAUAUGUCUAAGAUACUUUUGUAAAUAUGUACCUACUUGCUAUAUUUGAAGUCAUAGUGUUUCAUACACAAUCUUGUUUGUACAUUAUAUACGGAAUAAAAUUGUUUUUUAAAAUUUUA